AUGGAAGACGAUUUGUGGUGGCAAGAACACUGCUCAAUCAUUCCACCCGAAACAUUACGAUUAAUUUUGGUUGGAUGCCUUGGUUCAGUUAUUUCUCUCCUAUCAAUGAUCUUAAAUUCAUUUUUAUUCAUUGUACUUAUAAAUAAUAGUCGCUACUGGCAUUCACAUUUAUUGUAUUUGACAUUUUUGGCAUUUUUCGAUGUUUUUUUGUCAGGUUCUUAUAUAUUACUAUUCCCGAUAAAUUUAUUUAUGGAUUUUUUCGAGAGUGAAAUAUUAGCAAUGGCAUGGUGGACAUAUAUGCGUCCAGUAUUAGCAUUAUGCCAUGUUACGAUAUCAACAUCAGUCCUUCUUAUUGUUGCUGCUGCUUUUGAACGUUACUUAACUAUAUCGAGAAUCUCAUUCAAAUUCAGGCGUAAUCAUCGUGUUAUUGUUUCGGCUUUUGCAUUCCUAUUUGCACUCAUCUGUAAGGCGCCCCUUUAUUUCGAAGUCAAGGUCGUGUUGAACGGCAAUUGUACAGGCGUUACAGAAUAUAGUGCGAUAUUAGCGGAAUGGGCUGAUGAAGAACCAUAUAAAACGUAUUACCGUUUUUGGUUUCGUACCGUCAUUACAGUAUUUUUGCCAUUUAUGCUUCUUGUAUACUGUAAUGUACGAAUCGUUCACCGUCUUCGAGAACAACAUCUUGCUGCACGCCUGUUUAGAUUUGCUACUUCAGAACACAGAAGCAACAUCCGAGCUGCGACCCGUAUGCUUGUACUCGUUUCUUGUACAUACCUUGCAUCAAAUACCUUAAAUGUAAUCAUAAGUGCAUGGGAAUUCAUUGAUGCGCCAUCACUCUUAACAACUGAUAUGCGACCAUUUUACACCUAUAGUACCGAUUUAGUUUCCUUGCUUACUGUACUCUCAUCUGCUUGUCGAUUACCAAUAUACUGCGCUCACAACAGAAGAAUUCGAAAUGAGGUAUAA